AUGACUAAAAAUAAUCCCAAUUUCCAAUCUCAAAAUACAGUAAAAUUAAAUCUUCAGUCAGAAAAAAAUAGUCCUCUACUUCGUCAAAUUAAUCGGUACAUAACAUGUGCAAAACAGUGUAUUAUAAUUACUGGGGCUAGUAUUUCUUAUAGUGGUGGAAUACAUGGAACUCUUGAAAAGUUACAAUGUAAAGUUUGUACAAAUAUUUAUGAGUUUACGCUGCAAUAUUGUGAAAUUUUCAAGCAAGGUAAAGCAUCAAAAUGCCCCAGAUGUAAAAAGAAAGAAAAUGUUCAGAUAAAAGAAGGAAAGCAUCCUCAUACAAUUGGACAGCUAGAACCAACAAUAAUCCUGUAUG